AUGAAACAUGGAAUAAGCCUUCCGAUGACUGCAUACCAGGGCCAAGUCAAAGUCUUCGUUCCCACUGGUAUCAACAUUUCAUCGCGUCUCUUUCUUCCUCUUUCAACUCCCCACCCACCUCCAAAUUUUCACAAAUUAAUCUGGGAUGCUCAACAGGCACCACCAGAGCAUCCGAGAAUGAUCUCCUUCAACCUAUUUCUACAACUACUUCUAUCAACAAUCCUGUUUUCUUUCGCCGCCGCUGCCGAUAUCCGACCAGGUCAGUCUCUCUCCGCCGCAAACCCCAACGAAAAAUGGAACUCACCCAAUCAGACCUUCUCUCUUGGCUUCAUCUCCGAAACCCCCGACGCUCACUUCGCUGCCAUCACCUACAACAACAUAUCAGUCUGGAAAGCCGGAGGAGAUGCCGGCGUAGCCGACUCCACCGCCUCCCUCACCUUCCUCCCCGAUGGUAAUCUCCGUCUCGUCAACGGCUCAUCCGGCUCCGUCGUCUGGCAGUCCAAUACAGCCGGUCGUGGCGUCACAGUAGCUGCACUUAAUGAUUCAGGUAACUUCGUCCUCCGAAACGGAUCCGUUUCUGUAUGGAGUACAUUCGAUAAUCCCUCAGACACCAUACUUCCGGGCCAGAAUUUCACAGUGAAUAAUGUUUUGCGUUCUGGGCUUUACUCCUUUCGAUUGGUUAAUUCUGGGAAUUUAACUCUUAGAUGGAACGAUUCCAUUGUCUACUGGACUUUAGGGUUGAAUUCCUCCAUCAACACUAACCUAACUUCACCAAGUUUAGGGCUCCAACCAAUCGGGAUUCUAUCUCUUUCAGAUCCCAUGCUUUCCACUUCCGUAAUCAUGGCUUACAGUAGCGAUUAUGCUGAAGGCCCUGAUAUAUUCAGGUUCACCAAAUUAGACAACGAUGGUAAUCUGAGAAUUUACAGUUCCUCAUUGGGUAAUGCCGGCAAUCAAUUCAUGAGAUGGGCUGCUGUAAGCGAUCAAUGUCAGGUAUUUGGGUACUGUGGCAAUCUGGGUAUUUGUAGUUACAACGGUUCAAAUCCUGUAUGCGGCUGUCCAUCACAGAAUUUCGACCCGGUUGAUCCCACCGACGGUCGGAAAGGGUGCCGGAGGAAAGUCGAAAUCGCAAACUGCCCAGGUAGCGCAACAAUGUUAGAGCUCGAUAACGCUAAAUUCUUGACAUACCCACCGGAGUUAUCAUCUCAGGUAUUCUUUAUCGGGAUUUCCGCUUGCAGAUUAAAUUGUCUGGUUAGUGGUUCCUGCAUCGCAUCCACCUCCUUGUCAGAUGGCACAGGGUUGUGUUACUUAAAAGUCCCAAGCUUUGUGAGUGCGUAUCAGUCGCCGGCGCUACCAAGCACCUCCUAUCUCAAAGUCUGUGGGCCCGUGACACCAAACCCAUCUCCCACUGCGGAAAACGGAAAACGAUGGAAGCUCCGUCCAUGGAUAGUAAUUGUGGUGGUUAUCGGCACGUUAUUAGGAUUAAUCCUCGCCGAACUCGGUUUAUGGUUCUGGUGUUGUAAAAACAGCCCAAAACUCGGGGUGUUAUCAGCCCAAUAUGCACUUCUGGAGUAUGCAUCCGGUGCACCCGUCCAGUUCUCAUAUAAAGACCUCCAACGGGCCACAAAAGGGUUCAAGGAGAAACUCGGGUCGGGCGGGUUCGGUGCGGUUUACCGUGGGGUCCUCGCGAACCGAACCGUGGUUGCAGUCAAACAACUCGAAGGAAUCGAACAAGGCGAGAAACAAUUCCGUAUGGAAGUCGCAACAAUUAGUAGCACUCAUCAUCUAAAUCUCGUGAGACUAAUCGGGUUUUGCUCUGAGGGGCGUCAUCGUCUUUUAGUCUACGAGUUUAUGAAAAACGGGUCUCUCGAUAACUUCCUGUUUGUCCCGGAACAACAAUUGAAUUGGGAAUCCCGAUACAAUAUCGCUCUAGGGACGGCCCGCGGGAUAACAUAUUUACACGAGGAAUGUCGGGAUUGUAUUAUUCAUUGUGAUAUAAAACCCGAAAACAUUCUUUUAGACGAGAGUUAUAACUCGAAAGUUUCCGAUUUUGGGCUCGCGAAACUCGUGAACCCGAAAGACCAUCGGUAUCGGACAUUGACAAGCGUGCGUGGGACCCGCGGGUACUUGGCUCCUGAAUGGCUCGCGAACCUCCCGAUUACAUCGAAAUCGGAUGUUUAUAGUUAUGGGAUGGUUUUGUUGGAGAUCGUGUCGGGGAGGCGGAAUUUUGAGGUUUCGGAUCGGACCAACCGGAAAAAGUUUUCAGUUUGGGCUUACGAGGAGUUUGAAAAGGGAAACAUGGAUUCGGUUAUUGACCCGAAGAUUUUGACCCAUGAAUUCGAUAUGGAUCAAAUUCGGCGGGUGAUUGAAGUGAGUUUUUGGUGUAUUCAAGAACAACCAUCACAAAGACCGAUGAUGGGGAAAGUGGUUCAGAUGUUGGAAGGGGUAACCGAGAUUGAGAAACCACCUGCCCCGAAGGUCGGGUCAGCCAUAGAUGGGUCGGUUGCUGGGACUAGCACGUAUAUGAGUAGCAGUGUCUCGACCUUAGCACCAUCGGUGCAGCCACCCUCAUCGUCUUCUUCUCUUCAGACUCCAAAGGGGUCGUCGUCGUUUGCUUCGGGGAUGAAUAUUGAGAGGGCAUCAUCGUCCUUGUUGCAAUCGGUUACUCUGUGAAAUCGUUACGUUUUUCAUUUUGCAUGUUGUGAUGUUUUGGAGUGAAGUUUGUGACUUUGUGUAUGUAUGUAUUAUUAGAAGAUAUAUGUAAGUAGUAAUGGUAGAGAUUUGUAAUCAAUUAUGCUCAAACCUAAUAACAUGUAUCAACAUUGCUUUGUCAGAUAAUUUAAAGAUUAUUAAUGGAUCAUAUGAUACUUUGAAGUGUAA